AUGUCGGGGUGCGCGUGGGGCGCGGCGCCGCCGCUGCUGGAGGCGCUGGGCCGGCUGUGGGAGGUGCAGGCGCCGCUGGGCAGCGGCUCCUCGGCCUCGGUGUACCGGGUGCGCUGCUGCGGGGAUCCCCGGGCGCCCCCCGGCGCCGUCAAGGAGUUCGUGCCGCCCCCGGGGCCGCGGCCCGGGCCCGCUCGCCGCCCCGGCGCCCGCCCGCCCGCCGCCGACUGCGCCGAGUACGGGUUCCGCAAGGAGCGCGCCGCGCUCGAGCAGCUCCGCGGGCACCGCAACAUCGUGACGCUCUAUGGCGUGUUCACCAACCACUACUCUGCCAACGGCCCGUCCCGCUGUCUGCUCCUGGAGCUGCUGGACAUCAGCGUGUCUGAGCUGCUGCUGCACUCCAGCAACCAGGGCUGCUCCAUGUGGAUGAUCCAGCACUGUGCCCGAGAUGUCCUGGAAGCCCUGGCUUUCCUGCACCACAAAGGCUAUGUGCACGCAGACCUCAAGCCACGCAACAUCCUGUGGAGUGCAGAGGAGGAGUGCUUUAAGCUCAUUGACUUUGGACUUAGCUUCAAAGAGGGGAAUCAGGAUGUGAAAUACAUUCAAACAGACGGGUAUCGGGCUCCAGAGGCAGAGCUGCAGAACUGCCUGGCACAGGCAGGGCUCCAGAGUGAGACAGAGUGUACCUCUGCUGUGGAUCUGUGGAGCCUGGGAAUCGUUUUACUGGAAAUGUUCUCAGGAAUGAAACUGAAACAUACAGUCCAAUCUCAGGAAUGGAAGACAAACAGUUCUGCCAUCAUUGAUCGCAUAUUUGCCAGUGAGGGGGUGGUUAAUUCAGCCAUUCCAGCUUAUCACCUCAGAGACCUUAUCAAAAGCAUGCUUCAUUGUGACCAAGGAAAACGAGCCUCUGCUGAGAAGGCUUUAUGCAGCCCAUUCUUCAGCAUUCCCUUUGCUCCCCAUAUUGAAGACUUGGUGAUGCUCCCCACACCUGUGCUGAGGCUGCUGAAUGUUCUAAGUGAUGCUUCUCUGCAGUGUGAAGAGGAAUAUGAAGAUAUCCUGGAGGACAUAAGGGAGGAGUGUCAGAAAUACGGACCAGUGGUUUCCUUGCUUAUUCCAAAGGAGAAUCCUGGUAAAGGCCAAGUCUUUGUUGAAUAUGCAAAUGCUGGUGAUUCCAAAGCUGCCCAAAAAAUGCUGACUGGAAAGAUUUUUGAUGGCAAGUUUGUUGUGGCUACGUUUUACCCACUGAGUGCCUAUAAGAGAGGAUAUCUGUACCAAAACUUGCUGUAGGCAGUAGCAACAAUCAGGAGAGUUGUCUUGCUCCUCUUCCUCACGUGUUUUACAGUUGAAUGUGUAAAAGAGCUUCCUAGCCCUGCUUCCGACAUCUGUGAAGGAGAGGUGCAAAGGACUUGAAUGGGCUUUGAAACUUUUCUGCUGCUUUGUGAUGUGCUGAGGAGGCCGGGCCGCUUUCGGCUGCUUGUGUGUGUGCUGUGCUUGCUCAUUUACAGGGGUGUGGCUCUGCCCGGGGGCGGUAGGGGCACAGGGGCAGAUCCUGGCCACGGCUUCUCAGUGAUUGGAAGUGAGACCCCGGUCUUGGCCUUAGCGCUGGCCUUGGCUCCGGGGAGAGCAUUUCUGUGUUAAGCUCUCCUGUAACCAAAUCCUCUUCUCCCGUGUUGGAGGAGGAGGAAGGCUUGCCUGCUUUUUGUUGAUACUGUUAUAAAUAAAGCAGCAGAAACACCAUCCUCUCUAAACCAGACCAGGAGGACUUUUGAGUCUUCUCCUGACAUAGAGCAGAGAGAGGCACUGAAAUUGGAUCUGCUGAGCUUGUGGGGUUGCCCUGUCCUCGUGACUGAGCAGAGCCGUGCUGGGCUGGGCAGUGACGUGUGGGUGAUGCCCGUGGGGAGCUGAGCUUGCUUGUAUGCCUGGGACUGAUGGUGGAGACCUGGUCAGAGCAGUGCCAGCCCCAGUCCCAACACAACCUGUAAGCACUUUGUAGCCUGAGUAGAUGUGAAAACCCCGCCGUGUGGAUUCAUCUUUGUAGCACAGACCCUGUGCUGGCACUGAUGCUCCCUAGCUCUGAUGCCAAAUCAUCUGUGAUAUGUAAGCUCUUUGGCUGAUAUUUUUGGAAAGGAGUGCUACAGCACACAGUAUUCUUUGUAUCACAGCAGGACUCCUGCCUUGGGAGUCUUAUAAGAACAAAUAUUUGUCCGUUGUAGGUCCCACGCUUGGCUUUUCUGUGUUGUGCAUUUUGGUUUUGCAUUAACCCAUUAAGACUUGUAGAUUAGAAGCACUGACACUUUUGGUCCUUCCAAGGUUACAAAAAGGGCUUGAGGCAAUCUGAGAUCCUGUAUGGAAAGGGCUUAAGCAGUCACCAGACUGGACUGGCCAGGAGAAGGUCUUUCACAGUGUCAGGGACAGCAGCCACAUGCCUUUGGGGAAGACACUGUGGUGAGCAGCGUCACUCCCCCAGAGCACACUCUGCUCAGUCAGCUGCUGCCACGAGACAGGCAGAGGCUGUUUGCCACGGAUUCCCAAACCCAUGCACCCAGCAGAGCCUCUCCUUCAGGGUGGGCAGUCUGCUCCUGAUGGGCACAGUGUGAAACAGCCCUGUUCAGAGAGUCACCAGUGUAUUCUGGCUUGUGGUCUUGGUCCCAGUUUUAGUGAGGAGGAAAGCCCUCCUGAAUUCUUUUCUUUAGACAAAAUACUUGCAACAGCUGCCUGAACCAUCCCUGACCUUCCCUGGAAUAAUACCUGAAUUACCUUGCAGUUUACUGUUUGCAUCUUGCUCAUGCUGGACUUGAUGGAAUCCUACACUUAAAAAGUUCCUCUUGAUUUUUGCCCUGUGCGUGGUGUGUCAGGAGAUGCAAUGUCUGUAGCAUUUCAUGAGUCUGAGUUGCUCUCUGUGCUGGUGUAUAGUGCUGUCUACUGUGGCCCUUACCAAACUCCCUCAGAAAGGACCAAUCUCUGAAUUCUUCUGUUGCCUUUGGGAUGGUGGGCUUGCCAGGGAAAAGAAAAAAAAUAAAAUCCCACAAUGAGUUUUAAGGUGUGAUUUGCUGAUCAGAUUUCUCUGGGAAUGAUGCUGCUUUAGUGUACAUAGCUGUUCAGCAGCCUUUGCCUAGGUGGGGUGUGUGAUUCAUUGCUUUUAAUUUAAUUGUCCUUUGAGUGAAGCACCUUUUAGUGUCUGGGAGGAACUGAGUGGUCACUGGGUGAGGGUUUUUCCUGUGUGGAGAGCAGUGUUUAAAGUCUGGCUGGGUCUUGGCUGCCCUCCUCAGCUCUGCAGUGCUGCUGUCCCUGCGGGUUGAGCCGGGGGUCAGAGCGCUUUGGUGCAGACAUGCAUGUGUGGAAUGCCACCCUGGCAGCAGCAC